AUGCUCCUCGCCAAUCUAGCCAAGCUUGACGGUUUCGAAACCAUAUUGGAAAGGAAACAAACCGCCCCCUCGGCUCUCGGCUCCGACGACUCCAUCAUGAACCAGCUCAUGGACCUCUUCGUCAAGGGCCAGGACGGCGCAUACAACAAGAAAGCCGACUUUGACUACCUAGCAUAUGUAUUCGCUGAUUUGUCCAAACACGAGCAAGUCCGAAAAUAUUUCCUCACGGAGCAGAAGUACGACGGGGUCAUCCCCCUCACUAAGAUUAGAGUCUUCACAGAGCACAAAUCAGACGUCAGACGGAAAGGGGUAGCGAGUACCAUCAAAAACGUCGCUUUUGACAUCGACUCGCACCCUAUGUUUCUAGACGAGGAUGGCAUUAAUCUCUUACCCUAUGUGUUGCUCCCUAUUACCGGAAAUGAAGAGUACGAGGUGGAGGAUACGAUGGAGAUGCUGCCGGAUCUGCAGCUGUUGUCGCCGGACAAAAAGAGAGACUCGGACAGGAAUAAUAUCCAGACGCAUAUUGAGACGUUGACGCUGUUGACGACGACGAGAGAAGGCAGGGAACUGAUGAGGAGAGUGAAGGUGUACCCGAUUAUCAGAGAGACGCAUUUACGGGUGGAUGAUGAGGGCGUCAGAGAGGCUUGCGAGCGGUUGGUGCAGGUUUUGAUGAGGGACGAGGAAGGGGAAGGGGAAGAGGGCGGUGCAAGUAGUAGCGUACAGGAGGUUGAUGAGGAUGACGAGAUUGUUGAAGUGUAA